CGAAUUUUUUUUUGACCAAAAGACUUGCCCUCCACCCACAGCUUUUUGAUUAAAAUUUCUCAAGUCGCUUUUUUUCCAACGAUCCCUUUUAUUAUUGUAAGCCUUAAGUUGUCUAAAUUUAAAUACUCUGGGUAUCAAAAUAAAUUUCCAUCUUAUUUCUAAUUUUUCAGAUGUUGAACUCGUUUCAUUUAUCAAUCGUUUCGAUCAAGGCUGUUAUUCAAUGGCUGAUGACCAACUUAUUGCUCAUUCUGAAGAUAAUGGAUUUAGUUUGGAUGUAAUUAUAUUUUUUGGUCGAAAACAAAAUUGGCCUUCACAAAAUGGAGGUUUUAUAAGUUAUUUUUCAAGUGGGGAAGAAGAUGAAAUUAUUCGUGUUAUUCCAACAUUGAAUACAGCUGCGAUAGUUUUUAGGUUGUUUUUUGAAUUUUUAAAAAUUGUCAGGUUUAAAAAUCACUUGGGUCUUUUUUGUUUAAGUAAUUUACUUAAAUCCUUAGGCGGAGUAGGGGUGUCGUUUUUGAGUCGGGCCGAUGGUAGAGGCAUUUUUUGGGGCUUGUUUUUACCGAGUUGGGCAAAAAUAAUUUAUUUUUAUUUUUUUAGACGUCGAACUCGUUUCAUUUUACUAGUCACUUUCUAUUCUCUUUCAGUUUUACUAGUCCUUUCUAUAACAAAAUACUAUUCAAGACCCAGUGGCCGUAGGUCCCGAAAUCAAGAACCAGGCGUUUUAAAUUUUACCAAAUAUGUAAAUCAUCGAGCGGGUUCAGACCAUUUCUUUACUUUAAAUUGCACAUUUUUCGGUGUUUGUACCGGUGAAAGUGAAAGCGAAGAAAGUUCAAUAAAUUCAAAAAGUAUUCAUGAAGAUAGUGAAGAUGAAGACGAGGAAGAAUUUGGGUCGGAAGAUUUUGAUGAAAAUGAGGAGGAGGAAGAGGGAAAGGAUAAUAAUGAGGGUGGUGAUGAUGGGAAUUGUGGUGGACAUUAAAAUGAAUUUACGUGAGGAUUUUAUUUUUUGUUCUUUUUUGGACUUAAUAAGGAAGGGUUGUCUGUUCAUCUCAGGGAUGUCACGUGUUACCCGAAACCCGACUUGAGACCCGAUCCGAAGAAAAUUUAGAAAACCCGGCCCGACUUCUUUCUCAUCCCCUGACAUCCCUGUUCUAU